CCUACGCUUAACGGUAUUAGUAGUCCACCGAGGUUGCUACUAGCUAAAUUCGGUUACACCCGGAGAGCCACUUCGCGACUUCCCUGUUGCCAUGUUUGACGUUCUGUUUUUAAGAAUUCCAAAUGGAAACUGUCAUAUUGUUCUUUUAAACGAACUUAACAUUUAGCAUGGACUGGCGUGUGUUGGUUUUGAUGCAUGCGGUUCAUGCUAGCGUUGGGCCUACUACAUUCGACAGUAAAUGUGAUAUAUCACGGCAGUGUUCGCAAGCGCCACGCUCCCAACAUGAAAAUCACUUUCCAUGUGAAAUUGGUCACAAAGAGGAAUGUGACCAGUUGUUGGAGGAGAACGCUAAUCCAGUAGACUGGCAUCAUGUUGAUAAAAACGGCUGUGCCAUGCUGUCUUCAAUUAAAAUAUAUGAGAAGAGAUAUCCUGGACUACCAAACACCAGUCCCAGUUUCGACUUCUCUGUCAGACUGCCCACACACAGACAAAGUCUGUUGGACACUCACGCAGUAAAGGUUGAUUUUGAGAGUCCAAAAGGGAAUGGAGCAGACUCGUAUUAUUCAGACCAUCCCGUCUGCAGAGUGUUCAACUUCAAAGCAGCAAAAAUGACCGAAUACAACCUUCAGAAUCCUCGUAUUAUUCCAUAUGCUUGUCUGGUUGGGCUUGAACUUGCACACAACUUCCGGUACAUAUAUCACAUUGCUGUGGAAACAUUUCCAAACAGAGCUCAGGUCAACUAUACUGUAGUUGCUCACAAAUUGCUACAGAAAAUUAGAAACAUGACAUUAGCUGUUGCCCCAGUUCCGCUGCGGAGAAGUAUUCAUGUUGUGUUCGAGCCAUCUCCACCAUCAUACAGCGUGCAUUCAUACACUGUCUCUCUGAAUAAUACCCUAACUGGAGACACUAAAGCAAUUGUUCUAAGCAACAAAUAUGAGCAUGAGUUCUUGGAUUGUCCUCCUGGUUUCUAUGUAGUAAAGGUUGAGCCAAAUGGUUCAUCGUGUCCCAAAGAUGACUGCAGGGGAACUCACUCUGAACCGGUUUCCUUACAAUACUUGGAACCUUCAGAAUUUGCAACGUCCACCGACUUCACGUUAAAAGUGCUGUCAUCAGCGGUUGGAGCCAUCUCUGGACUGCUACUGAUACUCGUCAUGUGCUGCCUGUACCACAGAUACCGUCAACAUAUAGGUCAGGCAGCCAAAACUAUUUUGCUACUCUACAUUUCAAAUUAUCAAACUGAUGCUGACAGUCUAGACAAACUACUGGAAUCAUUAGAUUUUCAAGUGUUUAAAAGAAAGUACGAGGAAACCGAUGAAAACAACUCGAAUGAACGUCAAGGUAGUUUUGAAGAAGAAGACAUGUUUGAGAGUAAAUGUAAGGAGAUGGAUAAAAUCAUAAUGCUGUGUUCCACUGAGAUAUCCCAGCAGUGUAGAACGACAGUCAGUAUCGAAGAGCAGCCACUCCGAAAGUAUUCGUCUUACAAGAACACUUUCCUCGCCUUCAGAAAAAACCCAACACUGUCUUCAAAAAUUGUGAUCGUGUGCUUUGACACUGCUUCACACCAACACAUUCAGCUUGAAGAGAAAUCUUCAUCAUUUGACUGGCUUAGGUGCAUCAAAAAUCUGGAUUCUACUGAAAAGUAUCCCAAGAAAGCAUGUUACUGUCUUCCCAAGGAUUUCCAUAAAUUGCACUGCGAUCUUAUACAAAGAAGGAAAACAAAACACUAUGCAAAUUCGCAGGAAUGGAAGGAUUUUGAAUCUGUCAAAGAAGAAAUGUCAGAAGAGGUCAUGAAUAAUGUACGUCGACCAUCAGAGCCUGAUCCAAUUUAUCCAUUACAAGAAGACUCUCUGUCAGAAUCUGACGGUCCAGAUCCCUUAGAGGACACAGACAGCAAUCCUGAUACAUCUUCAAUUGAAUCAGAAGUCAGCACAAUUCCUAAAGAGUCGUAUGCUAUCAGGAAUACACCUGUAAGCAACAACGACAAUCAUCAACCUACAAGACCAAGCGUGUCUCAUUUUCCUCCAGUUUCUGAACAUCUCCAGCAGCAGCAGCAGCAGCAGCAGCAGCAGCAGCAGCAGCAGAUUCCUGACAGUCAGCAGUUUGUUGAAAUGGAGAUUCCUGUGGUGACAGAUGACACAGGGAUACAUAUAUAUCCUCCACAUCCCGUAAACCUUCCAAGUCACAUAGAUGAUAUCAGGCAACCACAGAUUCAUCAUUGCUGUAGACAUCAUCACAAUCCUUAUCAUCAUCAUCCUCCUCCUCCUCCUCCUCCUCCUCCUCCUGCUCCUCCUCUGGCAAGACCGAACCACGUUCCAACUGGCUGCACUCACCAACCUUGUAUCCAUCGUCAGCAGAUGAUGGAUCUUGCUGCUCAACCACCAUUUGGUCAUCCGUCACAUACAAAUAUGCAGCAUGUGCAUGGAAAUAUCACACCACAUCCUCAUCAAAUGAUGUAUUGCAACCGACAUGUUCAGCAACAACAGAUUAAUAGGCCAUUUAGUCCAGAACAUUUGACGACAAGUCUACAGCAGAAUAGUGGCCAGUGUUUUCCACUACAUGUUCAGCAGCAUCAACAGGCAGCUGGACAAUAUUGUCCACAGCAUUUGUCAAACCAACAACAGAUUAACAGACCGUUUCAUCCAGAACAUUUAUAGACAAAAACACGCUAUUGUAGGACAGUUAAUUCUAAGAUUAAAAAAAUAAUUAAAAUUAAAAACAAAACAAAAACCCAUGUACCUUCAGGCUAAAGUCCAGUGUUGUCAGAACAUUUACAAAGGUAGCAAAACUAACAGGCAAUUAGUCCAGAACAUUUGAGACAACAGCAGGUGAAUGGACAAUGUAGACAAUAAAAAGCUAAUAGACAAAUGCAACCACAAGAUUAACAAAGCAAACCAGAGACAUUUCAUUUUAUUUCAACUUGUUUUCGUGCUUCUAUCCAAUUAAGCUUCAAGCACGCUGUCCUGGGCACACACCUCAGCUAUCUGGGCUCUCUGUCCAGGACAGUGGGUUAGUUGGUUAGUGG